AUGGUCGUUCUCGAUGAGCGUUUUCUAUCCAACAAGGAGUUCAAGAGAGCUUACUUCAAAGCACACUUGGAAAAGUUCACUGCAAGGAGAUGCGCUGUAACACCGUGUAUCUUGUGUACGGCUCUUGGGAAGUAUGGUAUCAUCUGCCUUGAAGAUAUUGUGCAUGAGAUUUCCAAUGUGGGACCGCAUUUUAAGGAGGUGAGCAGGUUCCUGUGGCCAUUCAAGCUCAAGAAGCCUGAAAGCCUUCACCCUUUGAAGAAGAAGCAUUUCAAAGAUGGUGGUGAUUCAGGCAAUCGCGAAGAACACAUCAAUGCAUUUAUAGAGAAGUUGAAUUAA